AUGCUGAAUGCCAAGACCGUCAAGGCGUGGCUCGUAAAGGAGCUUGGCAGUGCGGACUGCGUUGCAAAGCAUGUCGUGGCCUGCUCAACAGCCUUGGACAAGACCCAGGCCUUUGGUAUUGACUCGAACAAUGUCUUCGGGUUCUGGGACUGGGUUGGCGGCCGUUUCUCCGUUUGGAGUGCGGUUGGGGUUCUUGCUCUGUCGCUGCAGUAUGGCUUCGGCAUUGUCAACCAGUUUCUGGAAGGUGGGCAUGCCAUGGACGAGCACUUCCAGAAGGCCCCCGCGAAGGAAAACUUGCCUCUGAUUGUUGGCCUGCUGGACGUUUGGAAUUGCAGCAUGAUGGAGCAUGAGGGUGUUGCCAUCCUCCCGUACUGCCAGGCUCUGGUGCGCUUCGUGCCCCACAUCCAGCAGUUGGACAUGGAAAGCAACGGGAAGCGCGUUCAGAUGGAUGGUAGCGAAGUCUCGGUGGGGACGGGCGCCAUCAAUUUCGGUGAGCCCGGCACGAACGGCCAGCACUCCUUCUACCAGCUGAUGCAUCAGGGACGCGUCAUUCCUUCCCAUUUCAUUGGCUUUGCUGCCUCCCAGAACCCGGUUGAGCUACCUGGCGAGUCUGUCUCCAACCAUGACGAGCUCAUGUCCAACUUCUUUGCCCAGCCAGAUGCUUUGGCUCUUGGGAAGACUGCGGAUGAGUUGAAGGCAGACGGCAUCCCGGAAAAGUUGAUUGCGCAUAAAACAUUCCCUGGCGACAGACCUUCGCUGUCGCUGUUGCUCCCCGUAUGCAACGCACAUUGGCUCGGACAACUGCUGGCAUUGUACGAGCACCGUACUGCCGUACAAGGCUGGCUAUGGGACAUCAACUCAUUUGACCAGUGGGGUGUCGAACUUGGGAAGGUCCUGGCAAAGGAG